CAGUGCAGCUCAGUGACAAACAUGUCACCAUUAGGAAGCCUCUUCACUAUUCUCACUCUGGCAUGUCUGGCAGAAAAGGGCUGGGGAGAGCCAAAAGAGAAGCCACUGGACCAAAGAUCAAAUGCUUCAUCAUUUGGUAGAAAAGUAAUUUGUGGGGGCCGUCUUGUCAAUUCUAGUGGUUCAUUUACCAGUCCAUAUUACCCUGGGCACUAUCCUGUACUUUUGAACUGCAUCUGGAAAAUAGAAGUUGCCAAAGAUUUCCAAAUCAGUCUGGUCUUUGAUGAUUUCCAAGUAGAAUCUGACCCUUCCUGCAGUUAUGAUUACGUUGAGAUUUUUGAUGGCUCACUGGAAGCUCCUUCAUUUGGAAGAUUCUGCAGAGGUCCCAUCCCUACACUAACAUCACAAUCCAACCAAAUGACAGUAGUAUUUAAAACUGAUGGCAGCACCACAGAUCGAGGAUUCUCUGCUUCCUAUAACUCUAUCCACAAAGAGGGUACCUUGAGACUGGUGAGCAACCACAGCAGAUGUGAAGGCCGGGUGGAGAUCUACCGAGAUAAAAAGUGGGGGACCAUUUGUGACGAUGAUUGGGACCUAAAUGAUGCUCAGGUAGUUUGCAGACAACUGGACUGUGGCAGAGCUAUUUCUUCCCCGGGAAAUGCCUAUUUUGGAGAAGGCUCAGGACCCAUUGCAAUGGAUGAUGUACAAUGUACAGGAAAUGAAUACCAUCUAUGGGAGUGUAACCACAGAGGCUGGUUCUCCCACAAUUGUAAUCACUAUGAAGAUGCCGGUGUUAUCUGCUCAGAUACCACCACCUUGAGAUUGGUAGCUUCCUCCAACAGAUGUGAAGGUCGGGUGGAGAUUUACCAUGAUGGGCAGUGGGGGAUGGUGUGUGAUGAUGGCUGGGACCUGCAGGACGCCCAAGUGGUCUGUAGACAGCUGGGCUGUGGGGGAGCUAUUUCUGCCCCAGGAAAUGCCUAUUUUGGUCAAGGCUCAGGACCCAUUUCCCUAUAUGAUGUCCAGUGUACAGGGAAUGAAGACAAUCUGAGGGACUGCUCUCACAGAGACUGGCUCUCCCAUAAUUGCACUCACCUCAACGAUGCCGGUGUCAUUUGCUCCAAUAUCAUGUAAAUUGUUUUUUUAAACUAUAAUCUAAGAAAUUCAUACAAAUAAAGAUUAUAUUACAUGGAAA